AUGGUAGGUUGGAAAGACCAGCUUCUAAAACAAUCGAUCCAACCCAUCCAACAGUUUGCGUAUACCCACGGCAAGAAUGCAACGGACUCGGCUAUGAUUAUAGAUGCAAUGGACCUUCUGUACUCCAGCCGAUAUGAUGGGUUCUGCCUUGUCUCAAGUGACAGUGAUUUCACUCGACUGGCUGCUCGUAUCCGCGAGUCAGGACUAAUUGUAUACGGAUUUGGGGAGAAUCACACGCCUAAGCCCUUCGUCGCUGCCUGUAGCAAAUUUAUCUACACGGAAAACCUCGUGCAUCUCGAUAGGCUUGUGCCGCACGCCAAUAGUGUUGUCGUGCCUGAAAAUCAUUCAUCGGCUCAGGCUCAUAAAGAUGACCACUUAGCAAGUAUGUUGCGAACAGCGGUAGAAGGAGCCUCCAAUGACGAUGGCUGGGCAAGGCUCUGUCGGGUGGGCCAAAUGCUCACAAAAAGGUACCCUGAUUUUGACUCUCGUACUUAUGGAUACCAUAAGCUCAGCGAUCUCAUCACUGCCUCGUCUUUGUUUGAAACCUCCCGCCGCUCGUUUCGAAAGGGCUCACCCCCGGAUAUCAUUGUACGCGAUAUACGUCGGAAGCCCAAGAGUCCUGCUAAAUAG